UCAGUUUGAUUGUUGACUCUCUGUGGCCAUACUGUUGAAGAUAUAAUGGAAUACGUCAAGGAUAAAAUAAUGGCUCUACUAGCGCAAGUGGUAGGGAAGAGGACAGAAAGGUCAGCAAGAAAUUGGCUUCGCCGCCAUGGCUUCACCAUCUAAACUUUGUUGAUUGACUGCUCGAUAGGAAAUAAUGGCUAUCACAUGGGCGAUGGUUGGUCUUGUAGAAUUUUUCUUCUUCUUUUCACUAUGAUCAAAGAUUAUUUUUUCCAACCCACAUAAAGUUUUGGUAAUUCCAAAAAAGAAAGUUAGAAAUGAUUGUCACGAAAGUUGUUGCUUAUCUUCUGAUACUAGCAAUAAAUUCCUGUGGAUUACAUGCCCAGAUACUGCCAAAUAUAAGCUUAGGUUCCGGCAUUACAGCCGGAACCAAUGAUUCUUGGCGAUCCCUCUCCGGUGAAUUUGCAUUUGGGUUCUAUCGUCUGCAGAACAAUCUCUAUCUUAUGGGGAUUUGGUUUGACAAAAUCCCAGAAAGAACACUAGUCUGGUCAGCUAACCGUGAUACUCCUGCAGAAGCCGGAUCCAUAAUCCGUUUAACUUUCGCUGGUCAGCUUUUCCUGACGUAUUCAAACGGUAGCGUUCAAUCUGUAUACAGUGGAGCAGCUGCGAGUUUAGGAUUCAUGCAAAACGAUGGUAACUUUGUGCUGAGAAAUGCCAAUUCCAGAGUCAUCUGGCAGAGCUUUGAUUCGCCAACAGAUACACUUUUACCCACUCAAAUUCUAACUAAUGGUGAAAAGCUCUAUUCAAAUGCAAAAGGAACUACUGAUUACUCAACUGGAAACUUCAUGUUGGAAAUGCAAUUUGAUGGUAAUUUGGUGCUUUCUGCUUAUCACUUCUCUGAUCCUGGAUAUUGGUACACUGGAACUCUAGUCAGCAAUGACAGCUUGGUGUUUAACUCUAAUGCUUCCCUUUACAUUGUCAAUAGCACAAAUGACAUUAUCUACUCUUUGACUGCAAAUUUCUCAGCUCCGGCGGGUGAGUACUAUCACCGAGCAAUGAUUGAUGAUAUGGGAAAUUUCCAACAAUAUGUUUACCAUAAAUCAAACAGCAGUGGAUGGAUAAGUGUGUGGAAGGCUAUCCAUGAACCUUGCUUUGUAAAUGCUGUAUGCGGUGUCAAUGGGAUGUGUUCUUCUCCAGAUAAUGAAACAGUGACCUGCAAUUGCAUACCAGGUUACAUUCCACUGGAUCCUAAUCAUGUUUCAAAAGGGUGUCACCCUGAAACUGUGGUGAAUUAUUGUGCAGACCCUUCAAUGAGAAAUUUCACAAUAGUGGCUAUAAAUGAUACUGACUUCCCAUUCGAGGGUUUUGCGGAUUUGGAUAGAGUAUUGAAUGUUGAUGUGGAGGGAUGCAAAGUGGCUCUCAUGGAUGAUUGCUAUAGCAUUGCUGCUUCCUUGGUGGAUUCUAGAUGCAAUAAGAAAAGAACGCCUCUGCUAAAUGCAAGAAAAAGUGCUUCUACCAAGGGAAUCACUGCACUUGUCAAGGUGCCAAUGAAAGGACGCAAUCCUGGAAUUCAGGAAGGUGAGAAGAAAAAUCAUUUUAACUUUAGAGCUUUUCUGCAGAUCAGUCUUAUUGUUAGUGCGACUCUUGCUUUCGUUUCUGGAGCCACUGCCAUCUACUAUCAUCCUGCUGCUCGAAAAUUUAUCAGAAGGAAGCACUCUUCUGAUACGACAAUAGGAAUUAACUUCCGAGAAUUCAAAUACUCGGAACUGCAUGAGGCCACAAAUGGGUUUAGUAAGACCCUGGGAAGAGGAUCCUCUGGUAAAGUUUACAGUGGGAUUCUGAGGUUAAAGAAUGUACAGAUUGAUAUUGCAGUAAAGAAGCUGGACAAAGAGAUUGAUAAAAGUGAAGAGGAAUUCAUGACAGAACUCAAGAUAAUAGGCCGGACAUACCACAGGAAUUUGGUAAGACUAUUGGGCUUUUGUGUUGAGAACAAUCAACGGCUUCUAGUCUAUGAGCUAAUGGCCAAUGGCACACUAUCCAAUCUUCUGUUCGAAGAAGAAGAAAGGCCAGGCUGGGAUCUAAGGGCCGAAAUGGUGCUUGGAAUAUCAAGAGGCUUGCUUUACUUGCAUGAAGAAUGCGAGACCCAGAUAAUCCACUGUGACGUAAAGCCUCAAAAUGUUCUGCUUGACGCCAAUUACAAUGCCAAGAUUGCAGAUUUUGGCCUGUCUAAGCUACUGAACAAAGAUCAGACUAGAACAGACACAAACGUAAGAGGGACAAUGGGAUAUUUAGCACCUGAGUGGCUGAGGAAUGCACCUGUGACAUCCAAAGUAGAUGUUUACAGUUUUGGGGUAAUGUUACUUGAAAUUUUAUGCUGCAGAAGACACAUUGAGUUAAAUCGAGUUGAAGAAGAGAGCGAAGAGGAUGAUCUUGUUCUCUCGGAUUGGGUUGUAAGUUGUAUAAUCAGAGGGAAGCUGGAGAUAGUAGUAAGGCAUGAUCCUGAAGUGUUGCGUGAUUUAAAGAGGUUUGAGAGAAUGGCAAUGGUGGGAAUUUGGUGCAUUCAUCCAGAGCCAGUUCUUAGGCCUUCUAUGAAGAAGGUCACACAAAUGCUGGAAGGAACUUUGGAGGUUGGAAUUCCUCCUAUGCUUCAUGAUCAAAUUUGCUUGAAGACUCAUGAUAGAUAAUUUAAUAUCUGGGGAUUUAUCAAUUUAUGUAACUUAGUUGUGAUACUUGUGGUUUUUGUUAUUAGAGUUGCUUAUCUUUUAAAAAAAAUAAAUUGUAUUUCUUCUUCA